AUGAAGACGAUGUCAGCUACCUCAAGUCAGAACUUAGGAAAGAUCCUCAGCUUCUUGGACCUUGAACGAAAGACAACUGAGGUGCCCUUUGUACGCUGUCGCAUCAAGCCGCGGCUGGCUCAGCGCACGACGCGGACGUUGUCGAGUGGAUGGUCAAUCCUGGAGCUCUCGUGCUCCGCCUCAUUGUCGAGAAGAGCCCAAGAAAAAAAGAUCUAUGGACUUGAACACGCCAACGCUCCACACGAAGGAGACAAUCGCUCCUCUGGCUCUCAAGAAUGGACAUCGCGACUUGUACGAGAACCUCUGUUCGCUUGGAGUAGACUUGACGAACGAGAUAGCAAAGGGGAGGCUGUGCGGGCGGUGAGAACGGAGCAAUCGUGGCCACGUGAGGUAGCGAGAGAGGCGGCAAGUACUCAGCAAGUGGAAGCUACGGACAAGAGCUCGGUAGCGUAUAGAAACAGUCAGCGUCCCGCACAUCGUAAGCGAACUGCGUUUAUCCAACGCGGCGCAGCGCUUCAAAGAGCUGGAAAAGGCCACGAGAGCUCGACAAGGAAGAAGAAACGCAAGAGCGGCGAAGCUUCUGCAACGUCUGCCGCAGCAGAAAUGCCCAACUUAAUUGAAACUUUGUUCCUUGGAGCAAAAACGACGUCGAAUAACGCCGAUGUUUCACUCGCGAACACUUCGGCCACAUUCGCUCGCUUGCGACCUCAAUAUCCUUGGUGA